GAGAGCGGCCGCUCCGCCGCCGCUGCCCACAGCCCAGGUUUUACCAAGAGACAGUACAUCUAAUACUUAACUUGGAUCAUCUCUUGUUCAUCAGCUUGAAAAUCAUAACAGCCCUCAAAACUGACAUUUGAUCUGAAAGAAAAAGCUGUGACAAAUGGACAAUAUGUCUAUUACUAACACACCAACAAGUAAUGAUGCUUGUCUGAGCAUUGUUCACAGCUUGAUGUGCCAUCGACAAGGUGGAGAGAGUGAAACUUUUGCAAAACGCGCAAUUGAAAGUUUAGUUAAAAAGCUAAAGGAGAAAAAAGAUGAAUUGGAUUCUUUGAUUACAGCUAUAACCACAAAUGGAGCUCAUCCUAGCAAGUGUGUUACAAUACAGAGAACACUGGAUGGGAGGCUUCAGGUGGCUGGUCGCAAGGGAUUCCCUCACGUGAUUUACGCUCGUCUUUGGAGGUGGCCUGAUCUUCAUAAAAAUGAACUCAAGCAUGUUAAAUAUUGCCAGUAUGCUUUUGACUUAAAAUGUGACAGUGUCUGUGUAAAUCCUUACCAUUAUGAGCGUGUAGUAUCACCUGGCAUUGAUCUCUCAGGACUGACACUACAGAGUUCUGCUCCAUCAAGCAUGCUGGUGAAAGACGAAUAUGUUCAUGACUAUGAGGGGCAGCUGUCAUUGUCUUCUGCUGAAGGCCAUUCAGUCCAAACCAUCCAGCAUCCACCAAGUAACAGGGCAUCUACUGAGCCUUAUAGCACCCCAGCCAUGUUAGCUCCUACUGAGGCUAGCACUACCAGCACCACUAAUUUUCCCAACAUUCCUGUGGCUUCAACAAGUCAACCUAUCAGUAUAUUGACAGGUAGCCAUAGUGAUGGACUCUUACAGAUUGCUUCAGGGCCUCAGCCAGGAACUCUGCAGAAUGGGUUUACAGCUCAGCUAGCUACUUACCAUCACAAUAGUACUACAACUUGGACUGGAAGUCGGACGGCAGCCUACACACCUACCAUACCUCACCACCAGAAUGGCCAUCUUCAGCAUCAUCCACCUAUGCAUCCUGGACAUUACUGGCCAGUCCACAAUGAACUUGCAUUCCAGCCUCCUAUAUCAAAUCAUCCUGCUCCAGAAUAUUGGUGUUCAAUCGCAUAUUUUGAAAUGGAUGUGCAAGUUGGAGAAACAUUUAAGGUCCCUUCAAGCUGUCCAAUUGUUACUGUUGAUGGAUACGUGGAUCCUUCUGGAGGAGACCGUUUUUGCCUGGGCCAGCUUUCCAACGUGCAUAGAACAGAAGCUAUUGAGAGAGCAAGGUUGCACAUAGGUAAAGGGGUACAGCUGGAGUGCAAAGGCGAAGGUGACGUGUGGGUUAGAUGCCUCAGUGACCACGCAGUCUUCGUUCAGAGUUACUACCUGGAUAGAGAAGCAGGGCGUGCUCCAGGGGAUGCUGUUCACAAGAUUUACCCAAGUGCAUAUAUAAAGGUGUUUGACUUACGCCAGUGUCAUCGUCAGAUGCAACAGCAGGCUGCCACUGCCCAAGCUGCUGCUGCUGCUCAAGCUGCAGCAGUAGCAGGAAACAUCCCUGGACCAGGAUCAGUAGGUGGAAUAGCCCCAGCCAUUAGUUUGUCAGCUGCUGCUGGAAUUGGUGUAGAUGACCUUCGCCGCUUAUGCAUACUCAGGAUGAGUUUUGUAAAAGGUUGGGGACCUGAUUAUCCAAGACAGAGCAUCAAAGAGACACCGUGCUGGAUUGAAAUUCACUUGCACCGUGCGCUCCAGCUUCUAGAUGAAGUACUUCAUACCAUGCCUAUUGCAGACCCACAACCUUUAGACUGAGAUCCCUCUGUUGCACUGCUGUGGACCAUUGUGAGGAUGGUGGAUUGUAAAAUACAAUUCUGUUUAUAACCCGAAGAUAUAUUUUACUUCUGUUCUGCUUAAUCUUCUAAAACACCAGGUUUUAAAAAUGUGUUCGCUGCCUUGCUCUUAGCAGAAAGAAACUGAACAUGCAGAAUUUGUAUUUGUUAUUUUCAGAACUUAAUUGUCAUAAUACAGGGCUUAAAGUGAAAGGUAAAUGCCUUAUAGAGACUUUACAGUAUUUGGUUUGUUCCCUUUGAAACUUUCCUUCUCUAUUAUGGCAUCUUGGUGAUAAGCCUCACAGGAGCCUUUUGUAUGCAGAAUAUAUAUUAUAUAUAUAUUUAGAUCUGAAAGUUCCUUCUAAUAGUUACAAACACUUACCUUAUAGCAACUUUACAAUUCCAACUGAUUUGUGAUGAUGUUUUUAGGGAACAAUAGUUAACAAAAGACUUCUUUAUUUUGUUGACUAUCUUGUUAUGAUUUUUCCAGAUUAAAAUGUAGGAGUUGCCAAACAGUGAGGGAUGAGACGUAUGUUGUUGGCAUUGAUCUAAAAUAGUGAGAAAAGGAAAGGUGGCUUUUCCUUCACUAGUUUUUAAAAAAGAUAUCUUAGGGUUUUGUUUAUAUAGACACGAGUUUUAAAACAUUAAAGGAAAUGGAUACUUUCAGUGCUGGCACUCAAAUAUAACAUGAAAUACCAAGUCUGCAAGGUUGCCACUGAAAUUGCAUAAUGAGUACCUAAUGGCAGGAAUGUAUUUUCAUAAGUACUACUGACUUCUAUGAUUUUACUCAAGUAAAACUUGGCAGGUAUUUUAAAAAGUUGCAUGACUUUUUAUUUGCAUAUACCAUUAAAUCAUGUAUGAUACUACAUCAAUAUUUAGGAUCCAGGUUUUUUUUGUAUCUGUUCACCAUUUCUACUCAGGGCAAGAUGGCGAACUUGUUUUUUAUACCUCUCGGUUAUUUUAAGCCCUAUGCCAUCAAUGACCAUAUCAAUUGGCAAUGACUUUGCAUAGAGAAUUUAUAGUGG